AUGAACGCGCCCUUCACCACAGCGGACAGAGCGAUCGCGGCAUCCUUGGACCCAUGCGAUGCACGCGACGUUCGUUUGUACGCGUAUUCUCGGCGGACUACCUCUCCAGGCUGGCAAGUGGCAAAAAUCGACAAACCGCUUCCUAUCAUUGCUAUGAGCACCGUGCUUAACCAAACGGAGCACUUCUCCACUUUGCUCACCGCCGGCUUUGCCGAGACGGGCGGUAAUGCUCUUUCGAGCUAUGGCCCAGAUGAAAUCGCCCAAAUGCAAGCCGGAGAUUCCGAAUAUGACUACGAGUGUGACAGCGAUCUGGAUGAAGUAGAAGGAGAGGACGAUGGUUCAACCGCAUCUCCGGCGGCAUCCGACCACACUUCAAACCUGAAGGGUAAGCAGAAAGACGCAGCAGGCGUCGGGUCUUCUCCUCCCGUCAAGUACACUAUCCUCAUCCCCAACAUCGCUUUCAAAACCUUACGUGCUUGCGUGUUCUACCUAUACACGGGAAAAGUGCACUUCCUUCCGUUGUCUUCGGCGCCGUCUGCCGAAGGAGGCAUACAGCGGGACCACAUGGUCUCUGUCGCUCGCAAAUCAGGUCUGCCAGCAUGUUCGCCGAAAUCUCUCUACCGCCUUGCGGAUGCGUACGGGUUGAAGGACCUGCAGGUUGCUGCCCUGAAUGGCAUCAUUUCCUAUCUCUCACCAGAGAACCUUGUUCAAGAAUGCUUUUCCGUCUUCUUUUCCAUGUACGAUGAACCCCGCCAGCGCGCGAUGAUCAAGCUUCGCAAGCUCUAUGAUCACCCGAAAGUGCAGGAAGCACUGCCCGGGGUCAUGUCCAAGCUAGUAGCGGGCGAACUACCGUAUGCGACCGCCGCUCUGCAAGAGCUUGUCACCAUCCGCGCAGGGCGCACCGUCCGCUUCGUCGAGCCCCAAGCUGCAUCUUCAUUCUCUGCCAUACUGCAAGAGAAGUUCGCUGCAGCGGCUGAGCCCCCAGUGACGUCGGAAUCGGAGGCGUAUCCGGACGCACAUUCGAGGACCCCGACGCCGCCUUCGUCCUCUUCCUGGGCAUCCUUCAAACGCGCGCGCAACAACUCUCCGCCCUCCCCAUACAGAGGCGGCUUCGACGAGUGGGGCGUCCCUGGUUUGUCUAUGGACCAUCACCAUCGGCACGACAUGUCCGGUCCGAGCUCUGGGCGUUGGUGA